AUGUCCAGAGAAGACCCUAUCAAGGCGGAAAAGGACCUUCUGGCCCUCCUCGACAAGCAAUUCCCCGAAAUCGAGAAGCUUCCUUACAAGGAAGGGGUGGAAAAGCUUCUUCAGCUCGAGAAGCAGACGCGACAAGCGCUGGACGUGCUUUCGUCGAAGCGGGUGCUUAAACAAAUCGCCACCAUCCUCAUCGACAACAACGACUGGGACUACUUGGAUGAGCUCAUCGUGUCGCUUUCAAAGAAACAUGGUCAGCUCAAGCUGUCGAUCCAGGAGUUCAUCCAGACCAUCAUUGCCCGUUUGUCGGAAUUGGACGACACGAACAAGAAGCAAGUGGAAACUAAGAUCAAGGUGAUUGAAACUAUCCGCACUGUCACCGACAAGAAGAUCUUCGUUGAAGUGGAGCGGGCUCAGGUUCUGCGUAUCUUGGCCGAGAUCUACCUCAACCAAUUCAAGGACUUGGACAAAGCGGUCGACAUCUUAUGCGACUUGCAAGUGGAAACUUACUCGAUGAUGAACUUCUCGGACAAGAUCGAAUACAUCUUGGAGCAGAUUGAUUUGACUCUUCAAAAGGGUGACUACGCUCAAGCUAAGGUGUUGCUGCGUAAGAUCAUGCUUAAGCUGCUUAAGCUGUACCCUGAGUUCAAGAAGACUUACUUGCAGUACUUGAUCCGCAUACUGACUCACGAAUACGACUACUUGAGCACCGUCCAACAUGCUCUCAUGUUGCUUGACCUUGAAGCGCUGCCGGAGUUGGCUGUGCUGGUGGUCUACUACAUCAUUCUUGCUAAACACAACCCUGAACAGCAUGACUUGAUUCUCAAGAUCAAGCUCAACCCUCACGUUACCAAACUGGUGUCGCUGCACGUGUUCCACUUACUCGAGCUUUUCACCACCGAUGAAUUGAUUCACUGGCACGACAUUAACCGCGACUACGCUGACGAGUUUGCCAAGCUGGAAAUUUUCAAGGAUGAAACCAACUUCAAGAAUUUGCAAAAGCGGAUCAUUGAACACAACUUGCGUACCAUCAACAAAUACUACACCCAAAUUCAAUUGCCGCGGUUGGCAGAGUUAUUGCAAUUACUGGUGGACGAUCUGGAACAAUACGUCCUGGAAUUGGUGAACCUGGGCAUGAUUAGCGCCAAGAUCAACCGCCCCGAGGGCAUCAUCCGCUUCAGCGCCCCUGGCACUUCGCUGAAGGCUCUGGACCUGAGCCGCAUCAAUGAUACCUUGAAUAGCUGGUGUCACAAUGUUGACAAGUUGUUGGAGGAGAUUGACUCCAUUGGUCACUUGAUCAACAAGGAAGAAAUGAUGCAUGGCAUCAAGCAAAAGGCCUAG